CCGUUUCUUGGGUUUCCGCGCUCUUGGCGGCUUCACGUGGCGGCCCGUCACGUGGCCAUCGCCGAGACCCGGGCAGGCCCGGGCCGAGAGGUCCCGCGUCCCAUGCACGAGUGCUGCGGAGGCUUCGGCCACAUCGACAUGAGCAAGGCCGAAUUUCCGUUGCCCGUCGAGCAGCUGUCCCAGUGGCUGACGGACAGCGUGAACUGGACAGACGCCAACCUCUACAUCGCGCUCGCCUGCAUCGUCUUCAACCCAACCUUCUGGAACGUCGUGGCGCGCCGCGAGCACCGCACGCGCUUCCUGACGCGUGCGUGUUGCGGCUCCGCGCACGGCGCCUGCUACGCGCUCGCCAUCGCCAUCCUGCUGCUGGGCUUCUACAGAGACUACCGGUUUUUGGAAGCGAUGCGGAGCCAGCCGAGGGUGCCACUGCUGGACAGGGGAGCGCCGGUGUAUGCGGCGGGGCUGGCGCUCGUCUCGUUGGGCUCCCUGCUGGUGCUCACCAGCUUCUGGGCCCUUGGCAUCACGGGGACAUUUCUGGGCGACUACUGCGGUAUCCUCAUGGACGGCAAGGCGGCCGGCUUCCCAUUCAGCGUCACCGACAACCCCAUGUACUGGGGCUCGACGCUCAAUUUCCUGGGCUGCUCCUUAAUGCAGGCCAGCCCCGCUGGGAUCAUCUUGACGUGUGGAGUCGCAAUCUCCUACAGGGUGGCCAUCGCCUUUGAAGGCCCCUUCACUCGAGCCAUUUACGAGCAGAGAAACGUGGGAUUGAAGCGACGGUAAAGUGGCUCACGCAGCUACGGGGUUACGGGGUGUCGCGGCUACGCAGCUACAGGGCUACGCGGUGUCGCGGCUACGCAACGCUCUGCAGCCGCCAUCGCUGGUGACGAUAGCAAUGACGAUCUCGCCCCCAGCAGCACUUUCGAUUCCGUGUGUCGUUUUGUUAAAGAUUUACAUUUCUAAUCGCUCUGCGGGCAAUGAAAAUUAAUCAACUUUACCAAUGCACAUAGCGCGUUGAUCUCCACGUAGCUUGUGUUUGCCUCAAUAUGAACACGUCCGUUUCUUUUCGUUAUUGCUUUUCUUGAAAAUCGGAUUUAUAAAAUGCACAAUAAACGCACGAUGCCAAAUA